GACGAGAUUGGCAAUUGAAAGGCGAUGAGUUAUGGAGAUCACCGCGAGUGCAGGAGGGCGGCUGGUUGGGUUGGGCUGGGCUCGCUGGCUGGCUGUCCGUCUGUCUGGAUGUUGCGUGCCCAGAAGAAGCAGGCGCAGCAUCAAACCUGAAAGAAGAUGGAGAAGUCAAAUCCCAGAGGCAGAACGGGACGGUAGGCAGCGCAGCAAUCGUAGGUGCUCUUGUGCCAUGUGAACUGGCCAGCCACUGAUGGCAAGCUAAGCUAUGAAACACUCGAAUGCAUACGAUACUACUCAACGCCACUUCCUUUCCUCAAUUCUACUGUGACUGCUCGCACUCGAGUACCCCUUGAGUCUGUGUCUGUUUGUGCGGCCACGGAAGAUGGAGAAUGCCACGGAGCUAAGCUACACAGCGCAAGCCUGAGACGAGCCCGGACAGAGCUCGAGCUCGAGACGAGGGAAAGAAUGGGGGACAGGGAGAAAGGUGCGCGGAGACACUUUUGACUGGCAGCGAAGUGAACGAGUGGAGUGGUGAAGCGGGCCGAGAGGUUGGACAGGGGCGGAGAAGGAUGGCGACUUGAGUCGUUGAGCGCACACACAGACAGAUACAGAAAGAGAGAGGGCAGUAGAGUGGCAACGAGCAGUGUUGGUUGUUUUAAUCUUGACCGGAUUGGAUUGGGCUGAACGAUGAUGACUGCCUUCUCUGUUUAGUGAAUGCACUGCGGGUCGUGUUCGAGUUGAAACCAAGUCAUAUCAGGACAGAUAGGAAGUCGGAGCUCGAAGACUGUGGGGCUGGCUCGGCGUAGUGCGUUGCUUGUGGAGAAGGUGAACAUCUGGCAGGCUUCGGAAGUGGAGAGACAGGGAAAGGAGGACAGUCCUUGGUAUGGUGCUCACGAAGACACUGACAUGUUACUCACAAGCUUUCUCUGCGGUUAUUUGCACCGGAAGUGCGCAAUGUGCCACGCACCACAACCCGCCCCACCUCAUCCACCCUCAUCGUAGUUCUCCAUUUACUAAAGGUGGUGACCGUUUUCGUUCUCUGAUAGUUCACGCCCUGAGCCCACGGAUUUGAGUACGCUUUCGUUACUGUUCUGACAAGGGAGGAGGCUGAGAGCAGGGCUGGCGCUGCAGCUGCAGCUGCGCUACAUGAGGAUGGCUAUUGUCCUCCAGGAGUAGAUUUUGGAUUCGAAAUGAACUUGGUUUAUGAUCUAGUCGCUCUCUGCGUCUGCUGAUUCUUCUAUACACGUUGCAUUCGAGAUGCGGAAGUCAGGCAAAACUCGAAGGUCUCCUAAAGCUUGGCGCUCAAGUUUAGUGCCCUCCGAAACAUCAUUGCCCUACGGCUGGUCAAGGAGACAGUCUCGCUGAUCAAAACUGGCGAGUUACAGCAGGUGUCAUGGAUCCCACAGGACUUCAAAACCGCCUCUCUGGAGGAAAGAGGAGAAAAGAUGUUUACUCCGGGGAAGAAGAAGUGAUUCACGAGAGUCAUAAAAUUUCUAGACGUUGGAUUCCAGGCCGGGCAGAUGACAAUGUGGAGAAGGACAACCUAAACCAAGCUCUUGAUUAUCGUCCUAUGAGUGCGGAUCACUGGAUGCGACUACAGCAGCAGAAAUUAGAACCUGCAGCACCGACAACUCCUCUCAAUACUCCUAUGAAUUUACAGCAGCGAGCUAUGACAGUAGCUAGUUUGCACGACAUGCGUAACAUUGAAUCUUCUAAGCAGAUUAUGCAUCCCUGUCAAACUCCACAGACUUUAGCAUCGUCUCAACCACAACAACAUCAACAACAACAUCAGCAGCAACAGCAACAGCAACAACAACAACAACAACAGCAGCAGCAGCAUCAACAACAACAACAACAACAACAACAACAAUUGCAACAACAGCAGCAGUUGCAGCAACAACAGCUGCAGCAUCAGCAGCAGCUUCAACAGUCAUCUCAGCAUACAAACCAGCUUGCUAACGGUGUCCAGCCUCUCAAGUAUCAGCAUCAGCAAUUGGAAGCGGAGCAAAUGCAAAUGCACAUGCCGUAUCUAGACUUGGCAAACUCGAGUCGAGCGGUCAACAGCCUUCCUCCCUUGCCUCUCUCAUUCAGGCCUCCUCCAAUUUUUGCUGAAUCAGAUUUACGACAUUCUCCUACUUCUUCUUCCUCCAAUCCCUACCCUCUACAAAGCGUCUUGCCACAGAGACUGCCUCAGGGCAGCACAUUGCUGCCUGAAUCUGACGAAGAUCGCUAUUCGAACAUGCUUGGUUCCAGUCAAAGUACUGUGAUACAACAGUCGCAAUCAGGUCUAUCGGGAACGUCAAAUAGUUUGGUUUUACAAGAGCUACAGGCGUCUGCUGCGUGGUAUUCAUCAAUGCGGGAGCUGGAAACGCAACCCACAUCUAGCUCUCGCCUUGGACGAGCUAGUCUUUCCAAUGGGCAGAACCUUUCUAACGGGCAAAACCUUUCGAAUGGGAAAAAUGUAUCCCUCUACUCUUCCCCAGCUUUGAGCGAUCUGACAACUCAGGGUGGUCUCACGGCAUUACCAUACCAAGCAUGUCCUUCUGGGGCAUUCAGGGAUGGUCCUGUUGACCAGGAGCAAAUAUUGGGGGAUCCUCAAAGCCCAUUGCCAUAUGGGGUGUCGGGAUCUUCAUCUUCUUCUGUAAUUGGUCCUAAAGGUGGUUCUUCUAGUAUGCCAAGGCUCAACAAUAGCAAACCUGUGUUUCAGAACGACUUUACUGGACGGCGGAUGCUCCAACCUGGACCUUAUUGCCCGUCAAGUAGUGGAGCAGAUCUCCUUCUUCAACCCGCUAUUGUGGGAAAUUGUCCCGUGAAUCUGCCCGACGAAAAUUGCUUCAUCCAACGUGCUCCUCCACCAAAACCUUUGAGGACCUACACUAAGGUUUACAAACUAGGUUCUAUAGGCAGAGCAUUGGAUGUAACCCGAUUCAGCAAUUACGACGAACUUCGGUGUGAACUCGCACGGAUGUUCAACUUGGAAGGACAACUGGAUCAGCGGUCAGGGUGGCAACUGGUCUUUCGUGACAACGAAAACGACAUCCUUCUUGUAGGCGAUGAUCCCUGGGACGAGUUCGUGAGCUCGGUACGCGGAAUUCGCAUUUUAUCACCAUCGGAAGUAAAUUUCUAUAUGAAUGAGGAUCGAUUGGGUGCUGCUUACAACAAUUUAGGAACUGGAACUUUGAAACAGUACUAAGUGCUGCAAUGUCUUUAUUCGUGACGUUAGCACUUGACUGACCCGCCCAAGCUGCCGCAAAGUCGAGUGAACGGGAAAGCAAGCAUUGCAUCAGUCUCCUCAUAUCACAGUUAUGUUUAGAAAGCAAUAGUAGUAGAAUUCAAAAGUAGUCAUGGGUGGGGCCAUAGGCAUACUCCUGCACCAUGCGUACUGUGUUCUGCCAUACGAAAGCUGCCACAAACCCAUUGGCAGGUAGCUCGCUUUGAGGAGAACAUUUGUAUGAAAGCUUGCCUCUGUACUUUGUCACAUUUCAGCCAGCCGGAAUUAGUUUCAUGUGUGAACCCAACAUUGCCUUUACAUCGAACGAGGAUGGAUUCAGUUCGAUGAUUUGCAUUUCUCGGGUUUUCAAUUUUGUCAAAGAAUGUAAAUUGAAAUCCAUCGACAUACAUGCGUA